AUGAAGUUUGCAGUCAAACUGGUGACAAUUUUUGUCUUGAUAAAAUCAAUUGAAGUAGUCGUUCUAUCUCAAGUGGCUACCCAAUUCGACACCUCCACUGCAUUACACCUUGAGAAGACACCUGCCAUACUCAGUGACAAGCAUGAGUUUGUGCUGGAUUUGCAACAUUUCAGGCUCAACAAACUGCUCAUUACUUAUAUAACAAACACUGUUGAGAGGCUGGUCAGUUGGGAUGCUGUCUAUUUUGUGGAUUUCUUCAAAUCGGGCACGGUUGAUUACGAACAACAUUGGGUAUUUGGCCCAGCCUGGUGGAGACUGGUUCAUGUGGUGGGAACGCGUUUGACCUCUAAUUAUUACUGGGUUAUUAUUAUUGGGUUUCUAAUAACUGGAAUAUGUCAUUUCGGAACCUCGGUGAUGGUCUACUUUUUAACAAAGAGUAUUUUUCAGGAUGAACAAAUGGGCCAGCGAGCAGCUCUGCUGAGUGUAUUAUCUCCUGCAGGCGUAUUUCUCACCAGUCCGUACAGCGAGUCGCUGUGUUCAUUCCUGACAAUGUGUGGCUUAUUUCUACAUGAGCAAUCAUUCGACCGUGCCACGUUAACCGUGAAGUCAAAAGUUUUCUAUCUUUUCAGUGGAGUUCUGUUUGGUAUCAGUCUCACCGUUAGAUCCAAUGCCUUACUACUGGGUGCCAUCUUCGCCUAUGAUUUCGCCAUUUUGGCUUACAGCAAACUGUUCCUGUUGUCACUAGUACCACUGGCUUCGGGGGCUCUCACGGGAUCUUUUUUCGUAUGGUUGAAUUACUUGCCCUACAAGGAGCUCUGCCCUGAGCGUGGAGAAUGGUGCGACAGUGCGAUCCCCAGCUUGAUGCUCUAUGCUCAAGCCCACCACUGGAACAAUGGAUUCCUGAAAUAUUGGACUCCAAACAAUAUUCCAAACUUCUUGUUUGCUCUUCCCACAAUAUAUCUCUUCAGUGCCUCGCUAUGGGAAUUUAGAUCAGAGAAGAGGAUCCAGAGUACCGUGAUAGUAUCGCUGCUGUUUUUGGUGCUGAACGUCACAUCAUGGAAUGUCCAGAUUAUCACAAGGAUAUCCUCGUUCUUGCCAAUAGGCUACUGGUACCUUGCUCAGGAACACAAACAGGUUUCCAGGACAAGAUGGGUAACUUGGAGCGUUAUCUGGAUCAUCGUUCAGACUGGCCUGUUUGGUAUGUUUUUACCACCCGCCUAA